AUGACUUCAACGUUUGCUCACCUGGAUGAGCAAGACUGGGAUGAAGUUGAACAAAAAGUCCAGCCCAUUAUCGACUACAAUGGCCAGUCCAUGUCUGCGACGGUAUUCUUCGCCUGCGAGAGUGAUUCCCUCUCGCCAGGCAUGAAAUUGCACAGAAAGCUAGACACGAUCAUUGUCGACACUAGCAGCAACGCUGUUGCUGCGCGCUAUAUCAACUGUGCCGACUCACCCGAUUCCGCGCCCGAGUUUCAAGAGAUAAUCUUCGCAUGGUUCGUCGACAAUCGUUUGGCAAGAUGGCAAUCUCUUCGAGGCGAAGCCGGCUUCGAGUCACAACAUUCUGCAGUCCCUAGAGCCCCAACAAUUAUCGGAGACCUCUCUUCUAGACACGAUGAACUCGAUUUGAAAGAGCUGUACAAGGCUUACAUCACCAGCAUCAACGAGAAGACGAUGGAGCGUGACUUUGAACGCUUUUGUCACCCUGAGCUGGAACAUAACAGCCGUAGGCUGACAAUUACUGAGUACAUUCCACUCAUCAGCGAUAGCCAGGACGCUAUUCAAAACCUGCACUUUCAUAUCGAGGAGUUACUCGUCGAUAAGGAGACGCAGCAGAUCGCGGCACGGCUGGAGUUCACUGGGACCCCAGUCCGUGAAUGGGGAGGAGCGAAGCCCAAUGGGAAUUCGGUCAAGUUUCAUGAGAACAUCAUAUACCAGUUGCAUGAAGGCAAGAUUGCGCGGGUGUGGUCGGUCAUUGAGUUGAACGUCUAUCGGCAGCAGUUGAGCAGAUGA